AUGUCAGGAGUAGUGCAGUUCAGUUGCAGUGCAUGUGAGCCAUAAUCACUUCCUGGACAGGGAACGAGACAAACAGGAGCGAGUUAGUGAUCGCGCAGAGGAAAGGGGCCUGGGUGAAUUACAGACCCUGCUAACUUUGCAUCCGAAGAAAUAUCGCACCGCUGACAACUGAAGUGGGCAGCUUUUAUGGAGGAGCGACAUAGCGGGACUCAUCGGACUCAUAUCCCCUGGGCAAACCCACUUUACGAAUGUUGUUGUGGAAUGAGCAGUACUCCAGCUUGGUAACCUAACUUUCCAGACACUUCAGCUUGGCUGUAUGCCGUCCCAACAGGCCCCAUUUCUAGUGAAGCUGUGAGAGCAAGCCACCAUGUCCCAGCUGCUGCAUGUGGAAAUUCCCAACUUUGGCAACACGGUGCUGGGAUGCUUGAACGAGCAAAGGCUUCUGGGCCAGUACUGCGAUGUGUCUAUCGUGGUCAAGGGCCAAGCCUUUAAAGCUCACCGGGCUGUGCUCGCUGCCAGCAGCCUCUACUUCCGGGAUUUGUUCAGCGGCAGCUCUAAAACCCUUUUUGAGCUUCCCUCCACCGUGGCUCCUGCCUGCUUCCAGCAAAUCCUCUCCUUCUGCUACACAGGCAAACUUACGAUGGCAGCCAGCGAGCAGCUCGUAGUUAUGUACACGGCCGGCUACCUGCAGAUCCAGCACAUUGUGGAGCGUGGGAUGGACCUCAUGUUCAAAGCCAACUCCCCGCACUGUGACUCCCAGACGGCCGCCAUGGAAGAUCCGGGAUCGGAGCCCCAGAGCCCCAGCAACAAUCUCCCAGCUACCCAGGCCAUGCCGCCCUCCACUGGCUGGUCACCCACCCUGCCUGUGCCUCUGCGUGGCCGCAUCAAACAGGAGGGCUCCGACACGACGCUGGUGCUCCAGAGCUUGGCCCACAAGCGGGGCAGUGCCGACAUCCUUGGCAGCAGGCUCUCGCGGGGUGGCUCUCUGUACUACACUGGCAGUGGAGGCUCCGCCAUUUUUCCAGGGGCUCAGCCGCCGUACCCCAUGCUUGGCGCCGAACGCUCCAGCCCCAGUGCAUCCAGCCUGCCCACCACUGACAGUCCCACAUCCUACCAGAAUGAAGAUGAGGAAUUCGAGGAAGAGGUGUAUGACGGAAUCGCGGAGGACGGCUAUGGGCCCAUGUACAGUCGGACACCUGCUGCUUUUGGCUUGCAAGAGAAGGCAGAGGCAGCUACCAUGCCCAUCUCUCUGGACAGCCGGUCUUGUGUACUGAUCCGCAGAGACCUGGUGGCCCUCCCUGCCAGCCUAAUCAGUCAGAUCGGGUAUCGGUGCCAUCCCAAGCUCUACUCUGAGGGAGAUCCUGGAGAGAAGCUGGAACUGGUGGCAGGCACAGGGGUGUACAUCACGCGAGGGCAGCUGAUGAACUGCCACCUCUGUGCUGGCAUUAAACACAAAGUGUUGCUGCGACGUCUACUGGCAACAUUCUUUGACAGGAACACCCUGGCCAACAGCUGCGGGACAGGAAUCCGCUCAUCCACUAGUGAUCCCAGCCGCAAACCCCUGGACAGCCGCGUGCUCAAUGCCGUCAAACUGUACUGUCAGAACUUUGCGCCGAACUUCAAGGAGAGUGAGAUGAACGUGAUUGCCGCCGACAUGUGCACCAACGCUCGGCGUGUGAGAAAACGCUGGCUGCCCAAGAUCAAAUCCAUGUUGCCAGAUGGGGUCGAGGUGUACAGGGGGAUACCAGGCCAGGCGGCAGGGGUGACGCUGCCCUUCGACACCGAUUUCAAACCUCUCACUCCCACUGCCCUCACUUUUGAGCAACGCAUCUACACUGAGCGCAAAGAGACGCUCAGAACUCACCUCCAGCUAGGAGGUAGUCCAGGUGGGGGAGAGGUGCCGGAAUCUGAAACAGGAGGUGGCCAAGGAGAAGAGGAGGUAGAGGAGGAGGAGGAAGAGGAAGCCCCACUACAAAGUUCAGAUGGGCCUAGUGGGCCAACUCCUCUCGUUCCUGGGGAGGGGGGUGACAACAGCAGCUGUCAGCCCCCAACUACAGAAGGACAGCAGGCAGAGGAGUAUGGGGAAGAGUUGCGGAUAAAUGGGCAGUAAGUGCCCCCACUGACUCCCCGUCCCCUUGAAAGGGAAACUCCCUGUACAAAAUGCCACUCUCAACACACAGACCCAAACACACAUUCGCACAUAUACAGUAGUGCUUCACAGAGCAUUACAGUCAUAGACAGAAUCCUAAAGCUCCCGUAUACUGGUCCACCAGAGCUGCAGGGACACAGUCGUCAGAUUCAUGGACUCUGAGGGGCAAACAGGCACAGUUUGUUCAAGAGGCACUAAUCUGCUAGUCACAGUAGUUAGCAUUUUCCUUUUUUCCCACAUAUUUGAUUAAAAAAAAACAGUCUUUGCAUUAUCAAA